GUAUGACUGCUGAUAAGAACCAGACGGUUCGGAUUCCACGCGUCUGGUGUAAAGAAUUCCAAUCUUUCAGUCUUGCUCGAGUUAUCAAUUGCAACGGGUCGCUUAGUUCUGUGUGCUGAAGUCACUCUGCUCAGUCAUGAAUAUUUGGUGGUCAUCAAUCUUCAUCGUCGCCUAUCUGUCGCAAUCACUGUGCAAAAGCUUCAAAUGUUCCGUGAUCAACGAAGCUGGCUUCUGCUUCCUGGAGAAUGUAGUUAUCGGCGAUCCCGCCAGUGCAAAAACCCUAGAAUUCCCUAAACAGCAGAUCCUACUCAUCAAAUCCGGAUCCAUCCCGAACUUUUCGAAGGAUAUCUACGCCCAACUUUCUGGAGUUCGACUGCUUCACAUGUACAACCACACCGCCAUCCGGAAAUUCAUGAUCGCUGUCAGCAAUCUAACAGAAAUUAACCUCCAACGGAACGGUCUCGUCGAGUUCGACGUUGAACCCACCGAAAGUCGAAACCUGAAAACGCUAACCAUCGUCCACAAUGCCAUUAACGUCAUCCCGAAGAACAUCCGCUACCUGGAAGGGCUCGAGAAGCUUUUCCUCUACAACAACUCCCUGGAGUACGUCGAUCUGGAGAUGUUCACCAACGCCACCUCCCUCAAGGUCCUCUCCCUCUACGACAACUUCAUCAAAACGCUCGACUCCAAACUGGGCCUACGCUUCGCCAACCUGCAAACCCUGUCCCUCAGCAAGAACAAGCUGAACUUCAUCCCGUACUUUGUAGAAUCAUUCCCCGCCCUGAACGCCAUAUCCCUACGCAAAAAUCCCUGGAACUGCCGUUGGUUGGAGUUCGCCAUGGGUCACAUCGAAGCCCGGAGCAUCCAGAUCGCCCGGAAGGACGCCAUUUGCCGACACAAUUGGGUGGGCGAUAUCUGCUGCUAUCGGACGGUUUUGGACUUUUUGUUCCAGAUGCAGGGCCAGGAGUUGCGUCACGAUCGGGAACAGCUGCUGAAGCUGGCACAGGACAAUCGAGAGCUUACGGAUGUGGUUGGGCGGUUGAACGAGAGUGUACGUAAGCUGGAGGAACGGGUGGUGGAUAAUAAGGCGGAUGGUGAGGUGUAAUCUGCUGCUGAGGAUGAUGUUUUAAAAUGCUAAAUGAAGAUGAAGUGAUGAACAUAUUGAAGCACGAACGUCUAUGUGACAAACAUUGAAGAUAAGUUUCAAGUUUUGAAUGACUUGUGGUCUUCGUCGAGGUAAUAUUAAGUUGACAGUGCCUUCCGGAGAAAGUAACAUGACAUCUCAUUUUUAAUGUGUUAAAUUCCUCACUGAUAGUUUAACAGUUUGAUGACUCAUAAGAAAGGCAUGGUAUCUCAAACAGUUGGAUGCAACAAUUACUUGUAGUGUUAGCUAUAAAAGUUUUAUAGGAUAAAUAAAAACAAGCUUUCCACAUGGUCCUGAA